UAAUCAGUGCAAAACGUCCUUUGAGUAAAUGUGGAACUCAAACUCCGCCCCCAAGCAAUCACUGCAACAAGUGCACGGACGCCGUCCAGUAACGACAGCUCGAGCUCCAAAGAAUCGACCAGCCUCUCACACUUGAGUACCAACGGAUUUCUGAGUUUGUUUGAACCACUUGUAUCAUUUAUCCACUGGCAUACCCAACGGCAGAUGCUUACUUGCCCGAAACCUUUCACAAUUGAGUUUUCCGUUUUGUGAAUAUUUUAGAACUUCCCAGGUAGCUAACUAAUGUUAGCCUACUGUUUCAUGUUGCAAGGAGCGAAGUUAGCCAUUUGUCUCGACAUCUUGCAAGCCAGUUUAACCAGCAGCAGUAGCCUGCUACUUCAGCCAUGUUUUCGUGUGUAAUCAUCGAUUGCAUGACCCAGCAGACCUUUGGACUUAAGUAGCUAGCUUGCUAACUAACCAUUUUAGUAAAGCGUUGACCGAGGAUGGCUAACUAAUCAACAAAAACAGCUGCUACUCCGUUGAUGACAAAUAUCGGUGGCACAGAACAACACGACUAUGAGAAGGGCAUGGCAGAGCGAUGGAACCCCGUCCACCAGCGAGGACUCUCUCUCCUACCGCCGUGGCUCCACAUCCGACCCUGACCUUCGACCUCCAGCCCGACCCCUCAGCGACCUUUACCCCUUGAAAGCUCAUGUUUCGGUGGCAGUGUCCCCGUCUCUGCUGUCUGGGUGUGAUGCUCAGGUACAGCCCAUGACCUGUGACUUUAACAGUGAAGAGAGUAGACUGAAUGGGUCCAACACAGCCACCUGGUCCAGCCCUGUGAUAGGCCACCCCUCCAGGAUCAUGAGGCUCUUCUCUACCCAGAAGAAGUGCACUGUUCCUGGGGACAGUCGGGGCUCUACCAGGCCCCUCUCCUUCCAGGGCCCUCCAUCCAGUGCCGGGGUCCCACAGGUUUGGCCAGGCCUGUCAGGGCUGACCGUCAUGGGCUCCUUUAAGAAGCUACGCUCCUCAGUGCUCCAGGGUAUCCAGAACCGAGGGACAGCCAAUCAGGAUGACGAGUACACCUCAGCAGCCAUCCAGAGUGGAGAUAAUGUAAUGGUCACAACCAAUCAGAGCCCAAGACUUAGAUGUGGAAAGGGCUAUAGAGUCUCCAAUGGGGUGUCUAUUGGCCAACAGAUGGCUGGGUUGAGCCCUUAUGGUUCUGACAAUGAAGAUGAGGAGGAAGUAGUAGAUGAGGAAGAUGGACUACAGAGAAACACAUGGUUCUCCAGGAGUAUCCGGAGAGCGUACGGGGCGGGGCGCAUCUCACUGCUGGAUGCUGGGGAGGGGAAACGAGGGGAGGGUCCAGGACUGGGGGUUUCAACCAACCAGAGGCCAGGUUCAGGCUCCGGUUCAGUGUCAGAGGUGAACCUCCAUUUGGAGGGGAGUGUGAAUGAAAACGUGAAUGCGCUAAGCAGACUGAGCAAGAGUGCAGACAACCUACACCUCUUCAAGGGCCCUUUCAGACACAAAGUCCCCUGUCCCUCUCCUCAGACAGACUCCCUGGGUGCCAAUGGGGACCCCAGCAUCCAAAGAACAGCCAGUGCCUCAUCCGGUGAUCUUAGGGACCGCAGCCGGAGCCCUGUUCGCUUUAGGAGUCCAGUGGGGGCCAAGGGCCACAUGUUGAAGCUAGUGGGCAGUAUAACUGACCUGACUGUGAGACGCAGACCUAACCCGCCUCCUGUCACCUCCCCGGGCUCCCCCGUGACCCCCUUGUCACCCCUCAGCCGUCUUCAUGAUGACUACUCACGCCGCACGCCCUGCCUGCCCGCCAGCGACCGCCAACGCCGGCCCUCGCCCGCCAGAACGAGAGCUGCAGCGGAGAGGAAGAGGAAUAGCACUUCAGUACGACUGGAACACACGCCUACCAUCCACCCCCAGCCCCAGUCUGAGUACCACCCAGCCCUGUUCCCCAUAGAGCCCCAGGAGGGACCAGACCAUGUCUUCGCUUUUCCCAGCAUUAACCAGCCUUUCACUACAACCUCAUUUUCCCUGAGUGCUCGUGCUCAGAGGAGCAGCCUGUGUGAGGGGGACAUGCCUCAGGAGAGACAGGGAGAUGGGUGGAGAGCACGGUGUGAUUCCGCUCCACACCCCCAGCGGGAGCCCUGUGGGAGUCACAGCAAACACCAGCCAGACGUCAACGCAGAGGGAAAGACUGAACCAAAGCAGUGCGUAUGGACCAGACCAGACCAAGAUCAGGAGGACCAGCAGGUAAGAGGACAUCUCUGGGGUACGUUAGACGAACAGGGCAGAGAGGCACUAUUAGGGGGUGAAGAGACGCCGCCUCCUUCAGCCACCAGUACCCCUUCUCUCACACCAACAUGGCCCCCAGAGUCUCCCACUUCACCCAUGUCACAGACGAAAAUAGGUUCCACAGAAACGUCCACGUCCUUCAUCCCCAGGCAAAGGGCGGGCCGAUCGAGGCCUCGACCAAUCUCUGACUACGCUCAGCUGGUAGCCAGGAAGUACGCCAUCCCCGAGGAGGAGACGGAGCUACAUCCUAAGGAGAGGACUACAAAUGGAACUCCCUGUCAAGACAGCAAAAGCAAUGGAGGCUCGCAGGACAGUGACAGCACAGAGAACUACAAUAUGAAUGGAGAUCUCCCGUGCCGGAGGAGACAGCCAAUGUCUGUUAUUGGAGGAGCUGAGGAGAGAGAGGACCGUCUGCCUUCUCCCCUGUCGCGCCCCCCUGUCCCGUCCCACCAAGUGCCCCCUACAAAGCGGUGUCGGCCAGGUUCCGCCCCUCCACCUUCUCCCAGAGCACCCCCAUCGGACUGGACCGCCUCGGACGACGCAAACUACACAGAGUCCUCAGUGUUGAGGACGCCGGCUCAGAGCGUUCUGCAGCGGUGGAUGGUGACAGUGUGAGUGAGGAGGAGGGGAGCUUCGAUGAGCUCAGUGACGUCACAACGUACCUGCAGCCUGGGGUGGAGCUGUCUGCUCUC